AUGGGCAUUCACGAAGAUAUCCAACAGGGGAAGCUCACUAAAGCCACACUCGCCCAAUACCUUGGUGACAACCCCAACAUCCUCAACGAACUGGAUUCUGCCACAGGCUAUCCUCCUUUGGCCACCGCUGUUACCGCUGGCUUCUCAAGUGAGGUCGAGCAGCUGCUCACCAAUGGCGCUAAAGCGGACGCGCUCACUCGGGAUGGCGAGACCGCACUGCUGCUUAUCACCCGUCCCAAGACCUUCAGAAACCGGCCCAGGAUCGUUCAGCUCCUCCUUGACGGGAUGUCUGCCGACUCUGUCGACGCUACUACCGCAGCUCAUGGCAACAACACGCCACUGAUGUUCGCUGUACUCAACGAGGACCACGAGUCCAUCAGACUGCUUGCUAAGGCUGGCGCUAGUCUAACGGUCAAGAACGAAAACGGUCUGACCGCAAAGGAGAUGGCCGACCGCGCGGCAGACAAGACUAUUGCACUCUCACUGGACCCGAAGAAGGAGCGCGCGGCAUUUGCGAGGCUGACGAGCUUGGUCGUUUCACUCUUGCUUUAUAUAGUCGCUUGGGUCAACAAGGCGAUCAACGGUGUUGCGCGUCGAUUAUUCGAGCUUAAUCCAGAGUUGAACGAAGCUGGUAUCGAUAAGAAGAUCAACCGAGACGGAACACCGGAGACGACAGAGUUCGUUGAAAACGUCGAGGCCUUCGUCAAAGGGAAUCCGACGCUAGAACGCUUCUUCAAGGGCAAUCCUUCUUACAUACAGGAUCUCGCCGAGAAAGCCACUGCGCUCAAGGCUGACCAGACCACGCCGCUCGGAUCUCAAGACUUGCUUCCCAAGACAAUCAAGGUGACUUUGCAUCAGCAAGUUAUCUACUGUGACGAUAGUUCCUCAAUGAAACGCGAUGGACGCUGGGCUGCUCAGGCUACAUUGGUCAAUAAGAUCGCGCAGAUCACUACGCGUAUCCUCCCGGAGGGUGACGGUGUUGCCCUUAGGUUCAUCAACCAGGACGUAAACGACUCCUCGGAGAAUCUGAGUCUCGAGCAGAUCGGGAAGAUCAUGACCGGCAUGAGCUGGAAGAAAGGUGGAGAAACCGAGAUCGGCACCUGCCUGAAGUCCAAGAUUCUCGACCCGUUGGUGUACCGCAAGUUGCAGGCGAAGACCCUUGCGAGACCACUCCUCAUCUCCGUCAUUACGGACGGCAUGCCCUCCGUGGAGAAUAAGGGAGCGCUCGUUGAGGCUAUCAAGGAGUGUGGUGAGAAGCUUCAACAGGCCGAGUACCCUCGCAACAGUGUCAAGUUCAUGAUAGGCCAGAUCGGGACGUCGGAAAAGGCGGCUAAGUUCCUCGAAGGAGUUGGGAAGGACACGAACAUCGCCGACAUGGUGUUCGUAACUACAGACCAGCUGGAUGAGAAGCUAUCUUCAUUCAAGGAGAAUGAGGGCAAUCUAGACCGCUGGCUGAUAGAAACGUUAUUCUCCCCUAUCAUGCAAACAGAGUAA